CUAGCGUUUACAAUGAACUGCUGCGAUCAAUAAUCGGGUUUUGACUGAAACUUUGAAUUAGCGAUAACAAAUAAACCGAAAUAACAACUAGCAACAACAAUAAUAAUAAUCUAAUAGUUAUUAGCUAACGAAGCGAUUACGUUUUUAAAAUUUAUAACGCAAUACGUCCGUACUGUUGCAAGUGUACUUAAGCAAUUUUAAAAGUGACUGUUCUCACCACGCCCACGUUAUAGGUGUCUAUAAGUUUACAUCCUAACAUUUUUUGGUAUUGACCGGCCAGCCGUUAUUGAUAAUAUUAUCCGAUCCUACACAACGAGUGUAUUAAGUAAUGGACACUGGUGGCAUGGAAUUUUUGUCCCAAAUUCAAGAAGGACAACUGUACAAAUACACAAAUGUAGUCAAAGGAUGGCAACACAGGUGGUUUAUAGUGGACCCAAGAGAAGGAACGCUAAGUUACUUUUUGAGUGAAAAUGAUACAAAACAACAACCACGGGGAUUUAUAUUUUUGGAAUCUGCUGUUGUAUCCCCAAGUGAUGAAGAUUCAAACACAUUUUCUGUAAAUUCUUGGAAUGGUGAAUGUUACAAGCUAAGAGCGGUUGAUGCACGAGCUAGACAAGAUUGGGUAAAUCGUUUAAGAGCUGCUGCAGAAUAUCAUUCCCAAAAAAAUGUACAAAAAUAUUCACGAACAAGUUGUGUGUAUGAUUUUUGCCCAAGUGGUGUUAAAAGAUCAUUGGCCAAUGCACGACAAUAUUUAUCUCAAGCUGAAAACAACUUUAUUGACAUGGCUCGUGUUAUAGAGAAGCUACCAUCUCAAGGUCCACGCUUAAGGAAUACUGAUCCAGAUUUGUUAAUAAUAAAAGCAACAUCACAGUCAAUGAUGUGCGCAUUAGAAAACUGUUAUAAGAUUUUACAACAUUCGAGCAUAGAACAACCAAUCAUUCGAACUUAUUCAUUUUUGAAUUCUAAGCAGUCUUCCUCAACUACACAUUCAAAAAAAAAAUCACAUACAAAUACAUAACUAAUAAAAAAUAAGUUAUCAUCAUGUUUCUCUCUUAAUUUUAUACCGUGAUUUAUAUAUAUU